CUACGAUCGAUUGUUAGUUACAGUAAAGCAAUCGAUUACAUCGGUAACAAAAUGUUUAUAGGCCUUUUCCUGGUAUAUUCAUGGUACACGUCCGGCCCGGAAAUUCUAGCUUCUUACAAUUAUCCAGUGGAGGAGCACUCCGUGGAAACAACCGAUAACUAUAUACUAAAGCUAGUACACAUUCCAAAUUCGCCCAACGCAAGAAAUGCGCAAAGCCCCAAGCCGGUGGUCUUUAUGAUGCAUGGAAUGAGCGGCUCCUCGGACUCCUAUCUGUUGAUCGGACCCUCUGACGGCCUACCCUACUUGCUCGCAGAUGCGGGAUUCGAUGUGUGGCUGGGAAACUCACGGGGAAACACCUACUCUCGCCUACACAAAUACAUGGAUCCCAAGCACAAAAGUUUCUGGAAUUUUAGCUGGCAUGAAAUGGGCACUAGGGACCUGCCCGCGAGCAUUGACUACGUUUUGGAUAGAACUAGCCAAAGAUCCCUGCACUAUGUGGGGUACUCUCAAGGGGCCACCCAAUUUCUCGUGAUGCUCAGUAUGCGGCCAGAAUAUAACGAAAAAAUUAAGACAUCACACUUGACGGCACCUGCCGCGUUUCUUAGAAACAUGAACACGGGUUUGGGCAGCAUCGUUGAAAAAGUAAUCCUGGCAUUUGACGACCGAGAGUGGUUUAGUAACCGCCAUGGAAUACCCAGUUGGGCCUCGAUAUUUUGCAGUGUCCGACCAAUGAAAUCGAUUUGCGCGGCUUUAUUUAUGAUGGUAUACGGUAUAAAUGGAGAUCAAAUCAGCAAAGCUAUUAUAAUGCUUAUUCUGAAAACCCUUCCGGCGGGGAUCUCGUCGAGACAGCUGAAGCAUUACCUGCAACUAAAAAGGUCUUCGAGAUUCUGUAUGUACGAUCAUGGCAAAAAGACGAACAGGCUUAUCUAUGGGAGCUCAUGGCCGCCCGAUUAUCCCCUGAAGUAUGUGAAGCCAAAGUCUCCGAUCAAUCUCUACUACAGCUCCUCUGACUUUGUGGUAUCCAAGGAGAAUGUGCUCCUUCUGGCAGAGAAAUUGUCCUUGUGUGAACUACAUCAUAUUCCGUAUUAUAGUCACAUUGAGUUUCAGUUUGCACGUGCUGUGGGUACAACUCUGAAUAGGCCGAUUGUAAAGCUCAUCAGUAAGUACGAAACGGACCGAAAUAAAUAAAUGAAGUCUAUCGAUGUGAUUUGGGAUCUACUCUAA